CAUCGUGUGAGCACAUUCACAUUGACAAUUAAUCGAUGUAUUCACACAGAGGUAGCUCAAUAAAUAUAAAGACAGGAGUGGUAGCCUGGCAGACUAUUAGUCUUUCUCUCGAUCUCCUGAUCGGCUCGCACACUUUCCAUGUGUCUCUUCUCGAAAAGUAAUCGUAAAUUCGUGCGAUUUAAUCGGCAUAUCGCGGUCCACACUGACUAAAAGUUCGAACACACGUGCACGUCUUAUUGGCUUUGUGAACCUGCUUCAACUACCGUUUUUCUCGUUUCGUUUCGUUUCGUUUCUUUUUCUUUUCUUUCUUUUUUUUUUUUUUUAUUUGUUCGUCUUUCGAUCGCCGCGAUCUUUUCGUCCGUUGUUGCCCCCUCUCUCUUUUCUUUUCCCCCCCCCCUCUCUCUCUCUCUCUCUCUGUUUUCUUUUUUCUUUUUUUUUUUUUUUUCAUUUCUUUUUUUCAAUUUACUUUAACGUGAAAAAAGUGAACCAUCGUGAAUAUGAGGAUGCAUUCGAGAUUAAGGAAAAAAUUUUGCCGGUCUAACCUGCUAAUUGGUGCUCUUUUUCUUCGUCUGUUAUCCUUUGAUAAGGUUCUAGCUAAUUGCAUGGGAAAGAAGAUAUUACGUUCCGGUAGAAUAUCAUGCGAAGAGAAACAGAUCAUAUUGGACGAGCAUAAUCGUUUGAGGCAACUGGUGGCACUUGGACAAAUUCACGGCCAACCUGGGGCUGCUAAUAUGAUGGAAAUGUUAUGGGACGACGAAUUGGCAGAUGUUGCACAAAAAUGGGCAGACAGUUGUGCCGAGACGCACGACAAUUAUAGAAAUGUCCGCAGAUUCGCAGUUGGUCAGAACAUAGCACGAACUUGGACUACCAGACCCCCGGGACCUUAUGACAACGAACCGAAUUGGAGACGACAAAUUUCUGGCUGGUUCAACGAGGUUCAACACUAUCACACUGGUUACAGUAAGACUACGGGACACUACACGCAGUUUGGAGCGACACGUUUCUCAUUGGCUGUGGAUAUUCGUUCUAUUAUGAUCCGGCAAAAGGAUAUACUAAAAAUUACGUUUGCAAUUAUGGACCGAGUGGAAAUAUUAUUGGUUACCAGCCCUAUCAAUCCGGACAACCUGCAUGUAGUAAUUACGGAAUGAUUUAUUCAAAUCGAUAUUCUGGUCUAUGUUCACGGGGAAAUUAUUAUCACUUAGGCGCAUUAUGUGCCUACGGCUAAAUGCAUAAAUGAGGAAAUAAUGUUCGUCAAAAAACACGACGCUCGAUAUUUAAUUGAAUGCGAAAAGUGAUUAAAUUACAAAUUAAUCACUAAUCCAAUAUGCAUUUGACGAUAGUCAAAAAAAAAAAAAAAAAAAAAAAAAAAAAAGAAACGCAAGUCUAAAUAUUAAAUGCGAACGAACUUGAUCAUAAGGGCAUUAUAAAUAAUAUCGAAAUUCAUUAGUAAAUCAAAAAAAAAAAAAAAAAGAAGGAAUAAGUUAAAAUAACUUAAAAUUACUGUUGAAAACAAAAAAGAAAAAAAAAAAGGAUUUUGAAAUUUGAAAUAGGAAUACUCGUAAAGAAAAUUUAGAGAUUAAGAUUUUUAAUAUUUUUUCAUUUUAUCUCUUUUUUAUCUAUUCUAGUUCAAUUUUUCUAGUCCCGUUAUUCCUAUGUAAUCGAUUUCUGAAUGAAUUAUUUUAUCGCGCCCGUGAUAUGGAGGGGAUAAAAGAAAAAAAAAAAAAAAAAAAAAAAAAGGAAAAAGAAAACAGAAAAUUAUAGCGAACCACAAUCAACAUAUAUAUUGCGUAUAAAGGAAAUCCCACGGGGAUUCUAAACUUACGUAGAAGAAUGACACUUUCGAUAAUGGUUAACGAUGAUCGAUGAACAAAAACCAGUAGAUACAUAUUAACGGCUUUUCUUCCUAAAAAAAAAACAAAUGGUGACGGUAUUGUUUGAUCACACGACACAUUAUAUAUAUAUAUAUAUACAUACAUAUACGUGCGUAUGUAUGUAUGUAUGUAUGUAUGUAUGUAUAUAUAUGUAUGACCUGCGUACGUACGUAUUAAUAGCGAGAAAUGAAUAAUUUUAAUUGAAUGAUUUUAAAAAAGAAAACUAUUAGAAAAUAAUAUAUUUAGAAUUAUUUCCACAAUCUUAAUAAUUUUUACGAUAAUCCGUUAAAAGUUUCUUUCCGCCAUCUUGUCUUUUUAAUAUCGUACGAUUAUACUCAUUAUAUAUAUAUAUAUGUA